AUGGAUAUGGGGGACAGGAAGUCAGAGGAUAACAUUCUGGCAAAGCCAAAUCCAAAAAGUAUUACAUCUCUUGCAACGCGUUACUCUCAGGAGCAAUUUGGUAAACAGUAUCAACAAACCGUGGGUCUGGACUUCUUUCUCAAGAGAGUAUGCAUUGGAGAAAACACUCAUGUUUCAUUGCAAGUCUGGGAUAUUGGAGGACAGACACUAGGAGGAAAGAUGCUUGAAAACUAUUUGUAUGGAGCUCAUGGAGUUUUAAUGGUAUAUGACAUCACAAACUACAGCAGCUUUGAGAACAUAGAAGAUUGGUUUCAGAAGCUUAAAGAUGUUCUCAAGGAUGCAGACAAGUUCCCACAUGUUGCUCUCGUGGGUAAUAAAGCUGAUUUGGAGCAUAUGAGGACAGUGAAAGCUGAGAAACAUCAAAAGUUAUGUCAAGAACACAAUCUAUCUAGCCAUUUUGUCUCUGCAAAGACGGGUGAUUCAGUGAAUUUAUGUUUCCAGAAAAUAGCUGCUGAUAUCCUAGGGAUCAAACUCACUAAAGCUGAAAUCCAAAACAACACUCGAGUUGUCAAAGCUGAAGUACUCAAAUCGAGAGAGGAGCCUGUACCAAGACCGAUGUCAUCACACACGCGGAGUUCAAUGUGUUCUGUCAUGUGACACUCAUCUAUGUAUUUAAUAAACUCUCGAGCUAUGAGAAUACAUGCAUUUUGAGAGCAAUCAAGGUCUUUGAACGUUCUUUUACGAAGAAUGAUCGGCAAUGGCUUACUGCUGUGUUACAUCCGACCAUUACAUAAGGGGCGCCCUCUUGUGAGAUGAAGUAGAAAGAUGUUGGCUUGUCGUUACUAUAUUCUCAAGAUCGGCAAGGAUACUAUCUUCAUCGUUUAUUUAUUAUUUUCUACCCAUGAUUUCAUCAGCGUUUCAAUCACUGUCUUACACGAAGGUCUUAAUUACCAAAGAGACAUGAGGAGCUUAAAGUUCAUCUCAUUUUCAUAGUAGUCAGUGAAGUGAUGUCAUACAUGAAGCUAUAUACAAGCUUGUCCACUGAGUAACUUCAAUUUCAGUGAACAGUACAUCAACCUGUUGACUACUGAAUUAUGUAAUUCCUAUUGGAUUUGGACAGGGACCGCCCACUUCCAUUAGACAAUAGGUUAACUAGUUUAAUAUGAAAUGGAUGAUGCUUUUUUUUGGAACACAUUCAUGUUGAGCCUUAUUUCAGUCAAUUGCAGAUCUUUAUGAGUCUUGGCUCAGAUAUCUCUAUGAAAUGAGAUGCUUCAAGCUACUGCAUUUUAUAUUGAUAUCAGUAUCACCUUGGAAUCCCUAAAGCUAGCUCACAAAUAAGCACUUUGUCAGUGCCAUAUUUUAGAAAAAAAAACUUGAAAGAUUUUCUCCCCUAGUUGAAGGGACUGAUAAAUCAUAUAAUUACUCUUUAUUUUUUUUCCAUUGUUUAUAUUUGAUCAUUGAUUGUAGAGGAGAAAAUAAUUGCAUUCCUGUUUUCAUGUGCCAUAUGGAUAUUUUUCACUUUGUUGUUAUUUUUGUCUCGCCUACAUAGCAGAGCGAGACUAUAGGUGCCGCUUUUCCGAUGGCGGCGUCAUCGUCAACAUUUAUAAGAACUUAACCAAAGGUUAAGUGUUUGAAAUUUCAUCAUAACUUAGAAAGUAUAUGAGCCUAGUUCCAGGGAUGUGAGAUUUCAGAUUUUUAGCUGAUUUCAGAUUUUUUGUUGUUUUGAUUUUCAGCUUAAUUUCAGCUCAUUCUGGCUUUCCUCUGUACAAAAAGAAGGGGGCUUUUUCUAUUUCAGACUUUUUCAACACUUUUCAGAUCUUUAUAUUUGUGACCACUCACACCCCUGUAGUUCAUGAAUCUUGGACACAAGAGUAAUCAAGCAUCAGUGAAUAUCUUGCUUGAGUUUCAGGUUACAUGACCAAGUUCAGAGGUCAUUUAGGGUCGAAGAACUUUGGCCAUGUUGGGAUAUUUGUUGAUUUGCCAUCAUAAGUUUUAAAAGCUUAUGGAUCUAUUUCAUGAAAUGUGGACAUAAUGAUUAUACUGAUCGUCUUGCACAAGUCUUCGGUCACACGAUCAAGAUUAAAUGUCAUUUGGGGUAAAGAAACAUAGUAUUUCAUCAUCAUAUGAAUGGUGUUUUUUGUGAAUGAUUAUUCUAUAGUCGUUUUCAAUGUCGGCACUUGCUAUAUUGAAUUGCGUAAUGCAGGCGAGACUGCCAGAGGCGCUCCACUUGUUGUUUUAUUGAAGUAUUCUAUUUUCUACAUUUCUUGAUGUCCACAUUUUCAUAUUUUAAUGUGCAAGUUGUUUCAAGGGAGAAGCUGUAGUUCCAUGUGUUAUAGCCAGGGCCUACAGACUAUCUAAAAUUAUGGGUGAUAUGAUUAUUGAAAUUUGUAUAUUUAGAUAUGUCAUUCACUCUUUUCUGUCUGAUAAGUAUUCAAUGCUUAUUAAUUCAAUUCAUCUUGUUUUUAAUACUCUUAGUAUUCAAUUUAAAACCAAAGCCAUAUACAAGUACUCCUUUUUCUGGCUCCAAAAUGUUUUUAAUGUUGUCAGCAUUCAUUCAUUUUUGGGGUAUUUUUAGGAGCAUAUUGUUAUAGUUUCAGCUGUGUGCAAUCUCGUUCUCUUUGCUUCUUUGACUGAAAUUAUGUUUGCUUGAGUACUUAAACCAACUGCAUACCUUGAAGUACUAGGAAGGACAGAAUAGGAUUCAUAUUCUGCUUAUAAAUCUGUUUUAGUACUAUUCAAUUCAUCUGUGUGUGUGUGUUAAAAGCUGAUAAGCAGAAAAUUCUAUUAUCGCUAAUGGACCAUUAUUCAAGAAUUUGUCAUUUGAAUUAACAGAAAGUUAAAUUGCAACUAUUAAGCACAUGGUUUACUAUUGCAUUAACUUAUUGAUAUGUCAAAGGUCCAAGAAAGUGAAAGACUUUCUUUCCCUAUUUAUCGUACCAUUGUACAAAAGUAUGAUCGGUAAACUUUCUUGUCAUAAAUGGUUAUAUUUUGAUUAUUUUAUCUUUAUAUUUUUCAUAACUUUAGUAUACAUGGAACCUGUUUAUUGAUUAUCUUUCUAAAUAUCUUUCUGAAAGCAACUUUGCAAGCUUACACCAUCUUAUUGAGAUCACAGACAUUUAUUGUGAACACAUAUUAUGUUUUCCUUGUAAAUCUUUGUUAAUUGCUUUUGUUCAUUGCAUAUGAAUUCUGUACACUUAAGGAGAUUAAAUACAUGUACAUGUGUGUGUUAAUCUUUUGGUGCUUUUUUGUUCAAAAAUUCCAAAUAUAUCAUAUUUUCGUAGUUGAAAUUGUUUUACAAAAAAGCUGUCACAUGGCAUGAAAAUUCAUCAUUUUAAUAUUAAUUUCAACAGGGAAAUAUGCAUUUGAGUGUGAUGAAUUGGGAACCACGGGAGCGUUUCAUCAACAUUUUUGUCUGACAAGAUGUCACAUCUGACUUUCCUUGAAUCUGAUUGGCUGAUAGUCACUGUUACUAUCAAUGGUGACUUUCAGAUAAAACAGGGCUUGUCGAAUAAAACGUCCAACACGCCCUUUCAUGAAAUGCUCCUGUGAAGUCAUUUUUUAACACAUUUGAUGGUAUUUUCUUAUUAAAAACCUGGGUGUAUGUAAAAAUUCACUUUUUAGACAACUUUUCAAUGCAAGAUUAAAAUAAUUUGUACUUGGUGAAUCAGUUAGCAAAUGGCACUCCAUAGAAGUGUGUUCUGAGUAAACGUAUGGUUAACUUGAUGCGAUGAGAAUGUGGAUUUUCAUGUAGACAAUAAUUUUGUUUUAUAUAUAUUUAUCAUACACUAAGCCAGGCUUGUAUUUUGAAGUCUGGUUUAACUUAGGCAAUGGUGUAACUCUGUUGAAUUGAUGGGAAGCCAAAAAUCUCAAAAUUGCUUUUACACUUCAUGAUUCCUAUCUCUACUUGGCAUUUUCGUCACAAUUUAAUGAUGAAGAGAAAGCAUAUUUCAGUAAUUAUUCCGAGUCAGUUAAAAAUGAUCUGAGUGUCAAAUGAGCCGACAAUGUGAACUUGUCACAAUUGGCUUUCCAUAGUUAAAUCACAAAUUUAGACCAGAGUUUAAAUAAAACCUGAGUUCAGGAUACGGGCCUCAGAAUUCAAUGCUUCUGUAAACAAUAAAAAAACUUCAUUGUGGAAGAGACUCUCAAAUUUUAAUGAAAUGUGAAACAAAGAUUGUUCUUUUGUAUAUCUGAAUCUACAUGUAUUAUCAGCGAUUUGCACGUCAAGUGCAAAAAUAAUCUCAAAUGACAAAUUUGGAGUUGUGUUAAGAGUAAUUUCUAUCCUUAGUUCAUACUAAUGGAAAUAUUAAUGCCAAAGGUCUUGGUUGUGCAUGUAUUUCUCAUUUUGGCUUCUGCAUUUCUGUAACAUGUAUCAUUGCAAAGGAUUUUUUUCUGUAUUCUUGUUGUGUAGGUGAAGAAAAGCAGAAAAAUAGCAAGUUCUGACUAGUACACGCAACAUACUCAUGUAAAUAAAUGUAUAUGAAAAUAUGCUAUUAUUAUUUGUACAUAAUAGAAAUCUUUAUGAAUUCUAACAAUGAUGUAUAGAAUUAUGAGAAUGUGAUUUUACUGAUUUGAUAAUUGUUGUAUAUGGGUUUAUAUACUUCAUAUUUUUGUGUGUUUCGAUCUAUGUACCAUAACUACUUUAUAUGUUUGAAUACAUUCUCACUUUUGUGUAAUUUUGUUUUAGCAUGUGUAUUCAUUAGACAAAGUUCCUUUCACCAUGAUAGUGUACUUAUAAUUUUCAGGGAUUCUCACUGAUUUCAUAUUUUCAAGUCUGUUUUACUGUUCUCUGCCUUUUAUUCAUCAGAAUAAAGUCUCAUGAUAGCAGAAGGAAUGUUAGGUUUUUUAAACAGUUUGAAUAUAACAGAUAUAUGGCCAACGUCCCUUAAAGGGCAAGUCCACCCCAGAAAAAUGCUGAUUUGAAUGAAUAGAGAAAAAUCAUAAUGCUGAAAAUUUCAUCAAAAUCGGAAGUAAAAUAAGAAAGUUAAUAGGACAUUUUAAAGUUUCACUUAUUUUCACAAAACAGUGAUAUGCAUAAAACAGUGAUAUGCAUAACUCAGUGACAUGCAAAGGAGACAGUCAAUGAUGUCCCUCACUCACUAUUUCUUUUUUUUAAUUGUUUGAAUUAUACAAUAUUUCAUUUUUUACAGAUUUGACAAGGGCCAAAUGGGCUGAACCAUAUAGUAUUAUAAUAAUGCUAAUUUCACAUGUUCAGGGAGGAAUUUUUCUCUGUUCUGUUUCACCCGACAAUGAGAAAAUUACAAUAUUUUAUAUAAUAAAAUACAAAAGAAAUAGUGAGUGGAUGACGUCAUCAUUCUCCUCAUAUGCAUACCAACCAAGAUGUGCAUAUAACUAUUUUGUGAAAUUAAGAAAAACUUAAAAAUGUCAUAACUUUCUUAUUUUACAACAAAUUUUGAUGAAAUUUUCAGUGUUAUGCUUGUUGGAUUUUUCUCUUUUUAUUAAAAAUCCACUAUUUGUUGGGGAGGACUUGUCCUUUAAAUUAGAUGAAGCAGUUUUUUACCAGGGCCGGUGUUCAAUUUGAUACUUAAAGCCAGAAUUUGAAGUAUUUUACUCAUUAUUCGGCUACAUCCUAACCCAUCUUUGCUAUUUAAUUAUCUUUUUUACUAAGUAUUUUGCUUGAAUCUAUGUGAGACCCAUACAUGGCUCAAGUCUGGCUAUGUGCAAUUUACACAUACAUACAUGUAGUUGUGCACACUGCACACAAAUGGAUAUGUACAUUCUGCAUUAUUUGGCUUGGACAUCAUAAAUUAUUUUACUUAAAUUUGGCUAGAUAAAUCAAAAUACCUAGAAGUGAUUUGAAAAUGAGUACAGGCAGUCUGCUUAGCCAAGUAAAACGCAAAGUUAUCACUUAGUCAAUCAUACUCUCAAUUGAAUAUGCCCUGGGGGCCGUUUCAUAAAGCUGUUUGUAAGUUAAGAGUGACUUUAAGAACGACUGGUUAGCCUUCAUGUAGUUCCUAAGAAAGGAUCACUAGUCGUUCUUAAAGUCGCUCUUACAAACAGCUUUAUGAAACGCCCACUAGGGCCCCAUUUUAAAGAAGAUCUGCAAUUUUGCCUUUCAAAUAAAAAAAUAUCUGAAUGGAUUGGAUAUUUUAAUAGCAAUGUAAUUUCUGAUGUAGAGCAAAGUAUUUUUAUACAUCAUACAAAAAUUGAUAUAUUUCAUUGUGAAGUUUGUUACAAUGAGGAUUAUCUGAUUUUGAAAAAAAAAACACUUGUUUAGUCUGGGUUUAAACUAUUUUGAUGUUCUAUGAUUAUUCCACUAUCACCUGUGCAUUUGUAAUAAAACAAACGGAAAUCGA